UCUAGUUUAGCUGGUAGCUGUGUUGGUCUAAGUAAAGCAGAGGCAUAAACUGUAACAAAAGCCUGGCAAGACUUCAGUGACACAGGAAGACUUCUUUACAGAAACCAAAAACAUGUAGGCGUCGGUGGAACACGGAGCAGGAGCCCAAGGGAAGAGAUGCUCAUUACAAGUCUGAGAAUAGGACAUAAAGUAUUAAACCAAACACUCCACACAAUAGGUAAGAAGAAGAAGAAGAAGAAGAAGAAGAAGAAGAAGAAGAAGAAGAAGCCAAGCAAUUUUCAAUAUAUAUAAAUAUAUUCUUCUUCUUUUUUUAAAUGGAUAGAUGAUUCUAGUCCUUCCUCCAACACAGUAGGUGGCGGUAAUUCAAACUGAAGAAGAAGAAGAAGAAGAAGAAGAAGAUGUAUUAAACUAGCCGGGAGACGAUGUUGUUGUCGUUGCGUGGAUGAAUAUUUGACUUAUAGUUAAGCAACAAUGUCUUCAGUUGAGUGUUUGAGAGAGUUUGUCAACGAGCGACUAAAUGCUGCUGCUGAAGAAAUAUUCGGAGUUUUUCAGAAAGCUGUCGUCGAGUACGAGGCAGAGAUCUACCGUCAGCGCAGACUGCUGGAUGUCGUUUGGAAACCCGAAAUAAAGUUACACAGGAUAGAGCUCCCACAGCAACAUGUCUGUAAGGAGGAGGAGGUUCUCUUUGACCAGCAGCUCUGUGUUCAGGAGAGGAACUCCAGUCUGGACCAAGAGGACCCAGAGCCUCCACAGAUUAAAGAGGAGCAGGAGGAACUCUGCACCAGUCAGGAGGGAGAGCAGCUUGUACUGAAGCAGGAGACUGAUACCUUUACGUUGACUCCUACUGAUGAGGAAAGUGACCACCAGCUCCUCUCUCACAACUCUCAUGUAGCUGAGAGCCAAGAUCAGAAAGGAGGCAAGCUUGGAGACUCAGGCUCAACUAAUGCAGAGCUAAAUCUACAGAAUCUACAUCACGAAAGCACAAGUCACACUAACAAUGUAGACAACCCUAACCUGUCAGAGAUGCACUGUGAUACUCACACAGGUAAACAGCCUUUAAAAUGUGACACAUGUGGAAAAGACUUUAAGUAUAAAUCAUCACUAGAGUGUCAUCUGAGAAUCCAUACAGGUGAGAAGCCGUUUGCAUGCAAAACAUGUGGGAAAGCUUUUAGAAUUCGUGGUGUCUUGAAAGACCACAUGAGAAUCCACACAGGUGAGAAGCCGUUUGCAUGCAAAACAUGUGGGAAAGCUUUUAGAAUUUGUAGUGUCUUGAAAGACCACAUGAGAAUCCACACAGGUGAGAAGCCGUUUGUAUGCAAAACAUGUGGGAAAGCUUUUAGAAUUUGUAGUGUCUUGAAAGACCACAUGAGAAUCCACACAGGUGAGAAGCCGUUUGCAUGCAAAACAUGUGGUAGAGCUUUCAGCGUUUGUGGGAAAUUGAAAGACCACAUGAGAACCCACACAGGUGAGAAGCCCUUUACAUGCAAAACAUGUGGGAAAGCUUUCAGAAAUAAUACUCUCCUGUUAGGCCACAUGGGAAUCCACACAGGGGAGAAGCCGUUUGCUUGCAAAACAUGUGGAAAAGCUUUUAGAAUUCGUAGUGUCUUGAAAGACCACAUGAAAAUUCACACAGGGGAGAAGCCGUUUACAUGCAAAACAUGUGGUAGAGCUUUCAGAAAUAAUACUCUCUUGGUAAGCCACAUGAGAACCCACACAGAUGAGAAGCCGUUUACAUGCAAAACAUGUGGUACAGCUUUCAGAGUUUUUGGUAACUUGACAGUCCACAUGAGAAUCCACACAGGUGAGAAGCCAUUUACAUGCAAAACAUGUGGUAGAGCUUUUGUAUCAGGUAGUAACUUGAUAAGCCACAUGAGAACGCACACAGGGGGAAAGCUGCUUCACUGCAGUACACAGGUUCCAGAGAUUAAAGAGGAACGCUGCACAAGUCGAGAACAUUUGUAAAUGGAUUGUUCAUUAAUUGUGAAUGUUUUCAGAAUACACUUGUAAUUCUUUACACUAAAAGAAAGGAAACCUGAUGGAAAAAUACUGAGUGCUCAACCACAGCAGAGAACAAGUACCAGACAUGGGUGCCUAUUUAGAGAGGAAACCAAGGACACUGAACUGUAAAAGCAUAAUGUUCCGAUGUUGAAAAUCCUAAAGAAGUGACAUCGUGAUGAAGGAGCUAAGCAAUGCAAGCUAGAUAAAGACAGUGUCUGUGUCAAGAACAUUUUUUAUUUUAAUUACUAGAUGUGAUGUAUUGGUGUAUUUUUUAUUUUGUUGUUAUACUUAGUAUAAACAGGAGGGUUAUGAUGGAAAAUACUGAGUGCUCAACCACAGCAGAGGACAAGUACCAGACACGGGUGUGAAUGCUGCUGAAUAAAAUACUCCAGAUAAGGGAACAUACUUCCUUCUAGUGUGAUAACUA